UUUGUGCAACCUCGGCGGAGGCAGUGAUCCACAGUGAUUCGGCCGCCGCGCCGGGGGGUGGGGGGGCUGCGCGGGACUCUUUUUUUUCAGACUGACCGCGGGGCAGCUGGGGAGCAUGUCGACCCCGGCCCGGAGGAGACUUAUGCGGGAUUUCAAGCGAUUGCAAGAGGACCCACCUGUGGGUGUCAGUGGCGCACCAUCUGAAAACAACAUCAUGCAGUGGAAUGCAGUUAUAUUUGGACCAGAAGGGACACCCUUUGAAGAUGGUACUUUUAAACUAGUAAUAGAAUUUUCUGAAGAAUAUCCAAAUAAACCGCCAACUGUUAGGUUUUUAUCCAAAAUGUUUCAUCCAAAUGUGUAUGCUGAUGGUAGCAUAUGUUUAGAUAUCCUUCAGAAUAGAUGGAGUCCAACAUACGAUGUAUCUUCUAUCUUAACAUCAAUUCAGUCUCUGCUGGAUGAACCAAAUCCAAAUAGUCCAGCCAAUAGCCAGGCAGCACAGCUUUAUCAGGAAAACAAACGAGAAUAUGAGAAAAGAGUUUCGGCCAUUGUUGAACAAAGCUGGAAUGAUUCAUAAUAGACAACUGGUCUGUUAAUCUUUUUCAUCAUUGUUGUGUAUAAUUUACCUCUCAGUAGAAAGGCUAACAAAUUUUAAGUGCCACAGGUUUUAAGGAUUCUGCAGAAAAAAAAAGUCCUUCGGUUUAGAACCUACAAAAGCUUGUGUAUCUUGAUUAAUGUACUUUUUAUUGCAUGGUGUGAACUAAGUUAUUGCUUACAUAAAUUUGUAAUAUAUCCUGUUUGUAUUUUUUUCCAAGUGUAUAAUGUUGGUGUGGAGUUUUCAUGACAGAAUAUACACAUUUUGUAAAUCUGUACUUUUUUCAAAUAUUGAAUGCCUUAUUUUUGAAUUCUUUAGAUUUUUAAAUUGGAGAAAAGCACUUAAAGUUUUUUAUAUAUGAAUAUUACAUGUAAAGCUGUUAAAAUACAUAACUUCAGUGCAAGAGACUUUGUCACUUAUUUCCUUAUCUGAGUAGGAGGGGUUAAUAAGUCUCUAGCUCUCCAUCAAUUGAUAGUUUCAUGUCUGAUUUCAAAAGGACAGAUUUAUAUUUUAUCAAGAAAUUCUUCAAAUUUGAUUCUAAACACCAAUUAUAAUCUCAAACUUUA